GAACAGGAUUAACGUUGUUCUGUGAACGCGAAGAGUGAACGAUAGUUUCUUCGAUAAUGCAUCGUUAGUGAUUUUAUUUUGAGUUCAGCAGUUUUUUUUUUUUUUCAUUGCUUCUUAUACGUUUCAUCUACCUCCGGUCAAACAAUAUCAGUGUAUAUGUUAUACGGUGGACAAUGGCUCGACAUUUGUGUUGGUUUUUUGUGAUUUUUGGGCACCUUGCCCUCGAAUUAUGCGCCCAAAAUCCUGUGGAGGAUAAAGCUACGUUCGAGGCAGCCUUCCAAGGUAGAUGCGGCCAUGGAUCACCAUGCGAACAGCUGUGCUACGAGCUUCACGACGGGAUGUACGAGUGCGACUGCAGAGACGGAUACAUCCUUCAUAAAAACGGAUACAGUUGCGCAGAGUUGAACUCGACGUCACCCUCGAUGGGCGAUCUGGGCGAGUUCAUCGAGGACGCGGAAAGUGACGAGCUGAGUCCUGACCCUGACGACGAGGACGCGGUCGAGGACAUCCUGUACAUGAGGGGAGCGUCCUUCGUAAUUCACCUGGACCCAGGACCCGAGGUCGGCUCGUCGUCACCCCCGAUUUCCCCGAACGAUUCGAGCCCAGAUGCCAGGGAAGAGACCAACGAGAUUCCGAAUCACGUUAUCGACCCUUCGCCAACAUCCCAGGGUCAGACGCAGGAGCUAAAAUCGACGUCGACCACCGAAGCGGUGGUCAGCACAGACCCUGCCUGCGUCCUGGAAUGCGGCCCGGGUGGGAAUUGCUACGUGGAGCCUCGCCGCGCCGAUGAUGGAAGUCAGGUCAGUCAGGCGGGACUCGAGGCCACCGCAGCUGCGACCACGAGACUGACCGAGGCUUCCUUUGCUCAGAGAUGCCAGUGUCCGCUUGGGAGAGGCGGUGAUCGAUGUCAGGACGAAUUGGAAGUGAGGUCUCCUCGCUUCACCGGAUCCGGUUGGCUCGCAUUUCCGGCCCUGAGAGCGGCGUACAAACACGUUCAACUGGAACUCGAGUUUCGCCCGGAAGCCUGGGACGGGGUACUCCUGCUGGCCGGCGAGCGGGACGAUCUCCAGGGUGACUUUAUGGCCCUGAUACUCCAUCACGGCUUCGUGGAGUUUAGAUUCGACUGUGGGAGUGGCGUCGGCAUCGCUCGGACGUCGGAUACGGUGAAACUGAACGAGUGGAAUACCCUGGCAGUUUACAGGCAUCGGUGGGAUGCCUGGAUCCAGCUUAACGGUGGACGGCGAGUGCAGGGAAGAUCGAAGGGAUUAUUCUCCAGGAUCACCUUCAGGGAGCCCCUGUUUGUCGGCGGACCCGGAAACACAACAGGGCUCGAAAGACUUCCGGUGACCGUCGGGUUCAGGGGAUGCGUAAGACACUUGGAAGCCAACGAGCAUCACUAUCGGUUUCCUCUCGCCCCUCUCGGGGAUGCCGCCAACGGAUUCGACGUCGAGGAAUGCACUGCCGACAGAUGCAGCAAGGUGCCCUGCUCCCACGGAGGCAAGUGUCUGACGACCGGAGGCGACACCGCCGUCUGUCUCUGCCCUCUGGGGUACACCGGCGACCUUUGCGAGACCCGAGUCGACCUCCAGGUGCCCUCGUUCAACGGCUCGUCGUACCUGAGGUACCCGGGACUCGGCGAUUCUUCUUUGUCGUGGCUCGAGCUUGGCGUAACUCUGAAGCCGACCGCGUCCGACGGUGUCAUCCUCUACAACGGGCAUCACAGCGACGCGACCGGAGAUUUUGUCGCACUUUACCUCGCCGCGGGACACCUUCAGUUCACCUUUGACCUUGGAACCGGCCCUGCGACCCUCAGGAGUGAGAAUCCCGUUCGUCUCGGCGAGUGGCUCGAGGUCCACGUCUCCAGGACGGGGCGCCUCGCUUCCCUCGAGGUCGACGACGAACCACCCCGAGAGAUCCUGGCGCCGGGAGCCUUCACUCAGCUCUCUUUGCCCCUUAGUUUAUACCUCGGAGGCGCUCCCGCGACGGACGUAUACUCACCAAAGUUGAAAACCACCGCGAGCUUCGUCGGGUGCAUUCAGUCCGUUACCCUCAAUCGGAGGGAGGUUGGCAUCUUGGCCGAGGCUCUGGGUGGCGUGAAUGUCGGGAAUUGCGGGCACGCCUGCGAGGCACGGCCCUGCGGCGACGCCGAGUGUCGUCCCCUUCGCGAAAGGUUCACCUGCCGCUGUCGGCCAGGAAUGCCUCAUCCUUGCCCCGAACUUGACGUCGACGAGGCGUCCCCGGGGACUCCGAUUCCCGGACCCGAUCCUGGGAUCAGGGCCACGAAACCCAGUCGCUACGAACGCGCCGUUCCCAGUUUUUCCGGUGCCAACAGCUACCUUCACUUCAGUGAUGCUGACACUAUGAAGAGAAUAAUCAGCUUCAGGGUCGACAUCAACAUGAGAUUCAGGGUGAGCAGCAGCAGUGGCCUUCUUCUCUGGAGCGGAAGGCAGCUCGACCCUCAGGAGACGAUGGAUACUAACGGCGAUUUCCUCGCCCUGGGACUGGAUCAGGGCUAUCUAACACUCGCCUAUAAUCUCGGUUCCGGCGAAGCCUCGCUAAGAUACAAUCUGACGAGACUCGACGACGAUCUUUGGCAUCGGGUCAGAGCCGUCAGGAACGAACAGUGGGCUUCUCUCGUCGUCGACAGCGGGACCGGCGUUUCCGUUUCCUCGCCGGGGCAGCUCAGGCAACUCAACACGGACACGGGCCUCUAUGUCGGGGGUGCUCCGGACGUUGUGAGGACGACGGGUGGCCGAUACACCAGAGGAAUCGUUGGUUGCGUGAGCGACUUGGUCUUGGACACGGAUUUCUCGGUCGCCUUAUCGUCUCCAGGUCAGGCGACGAACACGCAUUCCUGCAUUCCCUGAGGUCGCCGGAAGUUCCUCUAGGCCCCGAAAUUCUCCAUAGGAAUGAAUAAAGAAAACUAGGAUAAUAUAAUAUACACAAUAUACAUAUAAUGUGAAAAAUAUCGACAAAGUUUAAGUGGGUUUUGACCAGACGGAAAUUAAUGCAUUAUGAUUAUUCAGAACAACGCGAUUCAUCGAUAACUUAUACGAUAACGCGCAAAAAGAUUUAUAACAAAA